UUUCUUUUAAAAUUUCAUUUUUUUCCUUACAAUUCCUUGCUCCCUGAAACUUUUAAACCUUUCACAAGACUCAGGGCCAUUUUUUUCUUCAGGUUGUCAUGGAAGCUGAGACAUUCGAGAAAACUGGAGGGAAGGAAGGCCAGCCAGAGGUUAUAGCAGCUGUUAGUCUUGAAGGAGCCUUUCAAGGAACUCCCAGUAAAGAAGGACUUAUCAUUUCAGAUCAGCAAGCUGUUGAACUCCUCUCGUUAGGUUUACCAGUCCCACGUCCUGUAAAGCACAGACCAACCUUUACCGACGAGCAGAUUGCAGCUAUGGAGAAAGUGUUCACCCAGCGACAGUAUCUCUCGCCAAUGGAGCGCGAGAGCUUGGCAGAGGUUGUGAACCUCUCACCUCAGCAGGUGAGGGUCUGGUUUCAAAACCGAAGGCAAAAAGUGAAACAGUUUUUGAGUCAAAGACAGCUAAAGAACGGCCAGUCGUCUGUCUCACUAGAAAAUGGAGAGAAAGAUGAUGAUAAAGAUGCCAAUGACUCAGGGACUGCCUCACUCUCAGCUCAACAGCUAAGCACUAAUAUUGACCCCAUACUCCAAAUGCUAUUACCAAAGACAUCAGCUGAACCUGAUGCAAGCAAUGAAGAGAGCAGCAUGGAGGAGCACGAAGGAUCAUUAAAAUCAGAGCCAGCAGUGACCAUGAUCACUAUACCAGCUCUGAAAGAUGAUCAGGUCACUACUGAGGCACCAAAUGCUGCCAAUAAUCCUUCAACAUCUUCUCAAAUAUCCCUAACUCCCUACAUUGUGCCAUUAUCAACAACUGCUCUACCCACAAUACAACUCUCUGGGGGCGGGGCGAACAUCACCAUACCAGCGAUACAGCUAUUGCAGAGUUUACUCACUGCCUCUUCAUCUUUACCUCCUGCAAAGACAACCAAGUCGCCUCCUAAAGCCCCUCCAAAUAGGGGUGGGCCCUUGAAGGCCCAGAGCCCAACAAGAAUAGUGGAGAUGAAUGCAGAGAUGGAGAUAAAGGAGGAAGAUGUGACGUUACCUUCGUCAUCUUCUGAUCCUAAGACUCCUGUAGCUAAUGCAUUAGGAGGUGACUUACCAACCAACAGUACUACUAGUGAAGAGGGCGAGGGGGACACUAGUAACAGCCAAGUACUGAAUGCAAGCAACGAGAUAUUACAGCAGUUAUUAGGACUCACUCCUGUGUCUGCUGGUGGUGAUGGGCUCAAGUCCUCGUGGAACAUUAAUGUCUCUCCAUCCUCACUUGCUGCCGCAGUCACUGGCUCUGCCUCGCCAGCGGCCCUGGGGUCGACCCCCAAGCGUAAGAGGCAGGUCUUCUCUGGUGUCCAGACAACCGAACUAGAGAAACACUUUGAGACUAGUUCGUACAUUGACUCAAAGGAGAGGGAGAGACUGGCGGAGAAGAUUGGGCUGCAUCCCGAUCAAGUUAAGGUUUGGUUUCAAAACAGGCGCACUAAACGAAGUCGACAGUCUUGGAGACAGAAAGAUGCAUCAGGUUCUACCCCAACUAUGGAAGAGCAGUGAGACUGCAGAACUACAUACUCUAUCCCCCCCCCUCUGUCUCUUUCUCCUCUCUCUCUCCCACUCUCUCUUUCUCUCUCUCUCUCUCUCUCUUUCUCUCUCUCUCUUCUCCCUCUCCUUUCUUUUAUAUACAUUUUAUUAUUGAUUGCAGCUAGGGGCUUUGGUAUAAUAGAGCUCUAUACAAGAUAGCAAAUACAAACUCAUUAUCAUCAUCAUCAUACAGUUGUGAAAAAUUGUAUUACUUUUCAUUAUUGACAUACUCACUAUACUGCCAAUAUUAUCAUCAUUACACACUGUAUUAUAAUAUAUACACACAUAUAGAAAUUAUAUUUAAUUCUCCUUUAUCUCUUGUGUUAUUUUUUUCACUUAUCCUUCUUUUCUCUCAUUUUUUGUUUGUAUUAGUCAGACACAGCAGUUCAUCAAGUGCACUCUUUUUAACAUAAAACUAUUUGACACACAUACUAGUAGAUUAUCAUUAUUAUUAUUAUUAUUGUCCUGUUUGUUGAUCUUCCCUUUUUCCAAGAUUGUUUAUUUUCCUUUAA